UUGUCAGCCCACCCCUCUACUCUUAAUAGUUAAUAUAAAAAAAAAACGUGUCCUCUUGUCUAACCAAAUCAGAAAAAUCCCUAAAUUCACUGAACCCUCCUCCCCAUAUCUUCUGAUUCUUCUCUGAUCCUCUCCUCCAUCUCUUCCUUUAUUAAUAUCCCCCCAAAGUUUGUUUUCAUUAUAUAUUCUCUAUUCUUUCAUAAGCUACUACUACUACUUGUCUUCCUCAUUUGCCUACUUAGCUACUACUUCUCUAUAAGAUUCAACACCAAAAACCAAACUUUGUUUUGAUUGGAUAAAAACUAAACAGCUUAAACCAAAAAAAAAAAAAACAGAGUUUAUUCGAUUUUGUGUCUUUGUAUCAAAACUCGACCAUUUCUCUAUACAGCUUUUGGUUCUUUACCCAAAUUCCAAUCUUCACCUUCAGCUCAAAGCUUCUUCUUUUUAAAUCUCUGAAUCUUUUAGAGUUAACUCGGAAUUUGUCUGCAUUCUCUGAGGCUUGAUUUGUCUCUGAUUCGUUACCGAUCAAGCUGCAUUGGUUAACCAGACAACAACAAAAAGAUCAGAUCUUUGUAAAUCAGAGCCAACCAAAAAGUCUCGUUAGAUAGAUGAUUCGCGAUAUCUCAAACUUACAGAAAGAUAUCAUAAACAUCAAAGAACGUUGUUUAAACAACCUAGCGAUGGACGUCGGAAGAAACAACCGCCGCCAAAACGUGAGCUUUCGAAGUUCGCCGGAGAAAAGCAAGCAAGAGUUACGGCGGAGCUUCUCGUCGCACAAAAGGUUGAUGAUCCCGGCGAGCUACUUCAGCUUAGAGUCUCUGUUUCUGUUGGUGUGUCUCACGGCGUCUCUGUUAAUCCUUCCGUUAGUUUUGCCGCCGUUACCUCCCCCUCCGUUUAUGCUGCUUUUGGUUCCCAUCGGGAUUAUGGUUUUGCUCCUUGUUCUUGCCUUCAUGCCUUCUUCUCAUUCUAAUCCUAAUAAUGCUACUAGUCAUAGAGGAGAUGUAACUUGCCAUUUUAUGUAAAUUCAUCUUAUUUAUAUUAUAUACUUUUAAUUAAUCUA